AUGGCCUCCACCCCCAUCAACGCAGACCCCGAGAAAGGCGGCGUCGGCCUGAGCUUCAGCCCCAUCCCAGAGCCAACACCUUCACCAUCCCACCACCACCGCCAUCUCCACCGCGCCCGUGACAGACUCCGACACUUCGUCCAUCCUUCCGGCAAGAAGAUCCACGUAGCCAACUCCCCCACCGAAGCGGAGCAACUACGUCGUCAACUCGAGGAGAUCCACCACCAGGACGACUUCGACGUGUGCAUUUCCGGCUCGCCUGAGCAUCUGGACGCCCUACGUGUCGCGCAAGAUCACCAUGAAACUAAACGCGAUGAGUUCCGCACCGAGCAUCCGGAGCUGUUUGCCCGCUUCGAUGAAGUGCACGCGCAGCUGGAUGCGUUGAGUACGGAGCUCGAUCGCGUGACGACGCAUGGUGUUUCUCUCGAAGCGCAUUUUAACAAGUUUGGCUAUGAUGCUCAUAUCAGAUCCUACGAUGAUGGGGAGAGCCCUGGUGGUUCGGGGACGGCGACGCCGAGGUCGAGUGUUAGUGGCGAUUCGAGUGCUUCGGCGAAGCAUGCGGUGCAUUUGAAGUUGUUCAAGGUGCCGGUUGUGAGGCAGUAUUUUCAUAAGGGGUUGAUAUGGCGGGCUUCUGGCUUUCAGGAGGUGCAAUCAUUUGAAUUGUUCUUGGACCUCCUCUAUGUUGGCAUUAUUGCGAUACAGGGCGAUCUUGCGUCCGAGCACCCAACCGCUUCGUCCCUGCUGCACUUCAUCAUCACAUUCACCUUGAGCUGGAAGAUCUGGAAUGACAUGAGCCUCAUCAUCUCCUGGUUUGAAACGGACGACAUCUUCCAACGAAUCUGCAUCCUGUUCCUCAUGGCCUGUCUCUUUGGCUACACCACCAACAUCACGGAAGCCUGGGAACACACGUACGCCACACUGAUCGGCUUCUAUCUAUGCGCUCGUCUGUUCAUGGCAUCCUACCUCAUCAUGGUCUUCUUCUUGGUGCCCAUGGUCCGGCCAGUCAUGACGUGGUACAUAUGUAUUGUCACGGUUGGCGCUGCACUUUGGAUCGGCAGCAUACAUAUCGAGUACCCGGCGCAGCUCGGCAUCAUCUGGGCGGCAUUAUUCGUAGACCUGUUCGGACAGGCGUGCUUCUUCGUGGCGCACGUUGUCAGCAAGUGGAUUGGCCCUGGUGCGGCGGCACGUAUGGACAAGUGCUUUGAUUACUAUCCUGCGAUCAACAUUGAACACCGCACUGAGCGCACGUCUGGAUUCGUUACGCUGGUCUUCGGCUACAGCGUCGUCGCAGCGCUGUACCAAUCGACCAUGAACGGCAUCGACGCACACUACGGCAAAGCUGUCUUAGCGCUCACGCAAGCCUUCUGCUUCAACUGGAUCUACUUCGACAUCGACUCCAAGAACCUGCAAGUCCACGCCAUCCGACGGCACAGGAACACGACUCUAGUGUGGCAGGUGUUCCAUCUUCCGUUCAUCAUGUCCUACGUGCUUGGCUCCAGCGGGCUCGCCUGGCUGGUCAAGUUCGCCAUCGACACCGACAACUCCCGUCCCGAAGGCCUGACGGAGAUGUGGCGCGAGCACGCCGAAGACGAGAUCCCGAUCGGGAUACGCUGGUUCUAUUGCGCAGGCUUCGGCAUCGCGCUCGCGUCCAUGGGCAUCAUCAGCAUCUCCCACAAGCACAAAGAAAUCGAGACCCUCCGCCUGAAGAAGCGCUGGCGCCUCACCGCCCGCUUCGCCAUUUCAAUCGUGCUCAUCUGCCUCCCGCUCGCCGAAGGCCUGAACUCCCUCGAGCUAGUCGGUACCGUGACGGCACUGAUCGUCUUCUGCCUCUCCCUGGAGCUCUGGGCGGCGAGCUGUUCGAGGCAGAACUCGUUUGGACGGACGACGGAGUGCAAGUAUAUCGGGGCGUGUCCGAAGAAGCAUUUGCAGGCUUUGAUUAAGCGAGGGAGUCGGGUGGAUUUUGAGGAGUUGGGGGAUGGUAAGAAUGUUGGGGCUAUACAUGCGGCGCCUAUUUAG